AUGGGUUCUCAAAUUUGCCAGAAUAUCUAAGAGUCAAAAGACGGUCAAAUCAAUCUCAGCAAGAUAGUCUAGGUUAACAUCUACAAACCUCCCUAAAUACAAAAACCAUAACCAAUAAUCAAUUUACUGUUCCCUGAAGAAAAUAAUUGGAUCGAAAAAGAACGAAUGAAUUCUCUACCUAAACAAAAUUCUUCGGAUAUUACCCUAACCAGAUAAGAAUUGAACCAGAAGAAACCAGACCCUUAAGACAUUAAUUGCACUCUAGGCUGUAAUGAUCAAUUAGAUCUUCUUAACAGUUCUAAAGAUGAUUCCAACAGUGGAUUGCAAGAACUCAAGCACAAGUCCAUUCUUAAAAACAAAAUGAUGGCUGGAUCGAAUUCUUCAAGUUCAAAUAACGCCCAAAAAGACAAUGAGUCUGCAGGAUCCCAGAGAUCAAUUAAAAAAGUCACCUUCGAUAAAAAACAAAAAGUUAUCUACAGCAGUUUUAGAAAACCUAAAGCAUGA